CAUCCUAAAAAGUUUUUAUGUUUAAAUUUGUCAUACUACUUUCUAAAACAUUCUUAUGUAAUAUUAAUAACAUAUUUUUUACUUUUGUUAAAAUUCACAUUGCCUUGACAUAAACUCGAAAACAUAACCUUCAAUUUCUGUGACAUACUAUUAUAGUAAUUUUCGGAUUGUUAAAGUUAAAAGCAUUUAUAAAAUACAAAUAGGCGACAAUGGUGAACGUGCCAAAGCAAAGACGCACUUUUUGUAAAAAGUGCAAAGUGCAUAAACCGCACAAAGUUACUCAAUAUAAAAAAAGUAAAGAAAGGCAUGCUGCCCAGGGUAGAAGACGUUACGACCGUAAGCAACAAGGUUUUGGAGGACAAACAAAACCCAUUUUCAGAAAGAAGGCUAAGACCACGAAAAAAAUUGUUUUAAGGAUGGAAUGCACAGAGUGCAAGUACAGGAAACAAAUACCUUUAAAACGUUGCAAACAUUUCGAGCUGGGUGGUGAUAAAAAGAGAAAGGGACAAAUGAUCCAAUUUUAAGCCGUUUCUCAUCUUUAUUCUAACUGUAAUUAUAAAAAAUAAAAAUCUUUUGAUUUUUACUAA